AUGUCAGCCCUCGACUAUUAUAACGAAAUUUUGGUUGACCACAAUAAUGUGCGGGACCUGCAUAAGCGGUUCAUUGCUGCCUACAAGAACAAGGACGAGGAUCUCAUGAACAACAUUGCCAACACAAUUGUUCACGAGGCUGCUCUUCACUCUGACGGCGAGGAACUGUCGAUCUACAAAGUCCUUGAUGCCCAUGGUCUUCACGAGGCCGCCGAGAAGGAUCGUGAGGAGCACCAGCAGGUUAAGCAAGCCAUGUCGCAUGUCGACUCUAACAGCGUUUCCUCGCUCGGAAUCGACGAAUUUGCCAACGCGGUCGAAAAGGCUUGCCAGCUCUUCAUCCAACACGCAGAGGCUAGUCUCAACCUAUCAUACAAGCAACUCUCUGCGAAACUGUCUAUAGAAGAAAAGGCUAGCCUAGCAAAAGACUUCCUCAAGGCGCGUGAGAUGGCACCUAGCCGUCCACAUCCCUCGGCUCCUCAGCAUGGCGGAGUCGGCCAGAAGAUUAUGGGCACCCUUGCCAAGCCGGCCGAUGCCGCUAUUACUGCUUCCAGGCACCUGGUCGACCUCAAGUAUCAGCAUGCCAGCGCUACAUACCACUAA